GAGAACGCUUAGAACGAGAACACGGGAGGAAGUAAAUAUUCGUCACGGCAUAGUACUAUUGAGGGGACGAAGUAUCAAUAAAUGCGAAUGCCACUUAAUUUUAACCGAUAAAAUAAGCCACAAACUCAAGAGUCACUAGUUUAAUUGCUGAAAAACAAUAGACCCUCUCCCUCUUUAUUUUGAUCAUUUAGACUACGAGGGUCGAGAUUUCGUGCAGCACGCUUGGGGCCUGGAGAGACGGAUGCUAAUGCAGCUAAGCUAGUCUGCGUUAACGCGGCAGUUCAGUCAACGGCGCUUUCAGCAUCACAUCCUGGCCAAAGGCAACUAAAGUGGCUAGUUUUUGCAGCAGAUGCCUGUUAUUCUUUUAAACAGAUAAGUAGCUUACACUCUUGCUGUUGAGGAGAGAAAAUUUGGCCGGAUUUAAGAUGAUCAUUGAAAACCUUGAUGCAUUGAAAACAUGGCUGUCUGAAACCCUCGAGCCCAUUUGUGAUGCAGACCCUUCUGCCCUCGCCAAGUAUGUUGUUGCUUUGGUGAAGAAAGACAAAAGUGAGAAUGAACUAAAAGUAUUGUGUAUAGACCAGUUGGAUGUUUUUCUCCAAAAAGAGACCCAGCUGUUUGUGGAUAAGCUGUUUGAAGCCAUUAACAACAAAAGCUACCUCCCACAGCCAGAGCAACCAGCCCCAGUGGUCAAAGUUGAGAAGGAUGAGCAGAAGAAAGAUGAGACAAAUCGGGACGAAGAACGGGACAAGAAGUUUUCCCGGCGCGUGACUCAUAGCCCUCCACAAUCAAGUUCUCGUUACAGUAGGGAUGGCAGGAGAGGAGAUGACCGUAAAAGAGAUGAUCGCUCCAGGAAGAGGGAUUAUGAUCGUAUCCCACUAAGGAGGGACUCGUACCGUGAUCGAUACAAUCGCAGGAGAGGUCGCAGCCGAAGUUACAGCCGUAGUCGCAGCCGGAGCCGAAGUUGGAGCAAAGACCGCAUCCGAGAUCGCGACAGAGAAAGGGAUAGUAACAGGGACAGAGAAAGGGACCGAGAUCGCAGUAGGAGCCGGUCCCGCAGCAGAACUCGUUCCAGAAGCAGGAGUCGAGACCGAGAUUCGGGAAAGCUGAAGUAUGAUCAUGACAGAGUGGAGAGAUUAGAGAGUGGUGAUGUCUACGCCCCAGCAGCACUUGUCUCCUCUGCAGCCACCUCACAUUUCCCUGUGCCAACAUUGAGUAGUACUAUUACAGUCAUUGCCCCCACACAUCAUCAUAGUAACAUCACCACUGAGAGCUGGUCAGACUUCAGGCCUGAACAUCCUGUGGAUCAUGGCCCUUUUAAUAGAGGGCCACCACCUCAACAAAGGAAGCGAUGCCGUGACUAUGAUGAAAAGGGCUUCUGCAUGCGUGGGGACAUGUGUCCUUUCGAUCAUGGGAGUGAUCCAGUCGUAGUAGAGGAUGUCAAUCUGCCCAGUAUACUGCCCUUUCAGCCUCCACCAAUCCCAGGUGUGGACCCACCACCGCCUCCAGGCCUACCACCACCACCCGCGCUCAUGAACCCUCCACCUGUAAACCUACGUCCCCCUGUGCCGCCACCAGGUGCCCUUCCACCCAGUCUUCCACCUGUUGCAGGUCCUCCUCCUCCUCUUCCUCCACUACAGCCUGCAGGCAUGGAUGCUCCUCCUAAUUCCAUCACCAGCUCUGUCCCCACCAUUGUUACCUCUGGGAUGCGAUCAUCAAUUCCCCCAGUCUCAGCACCGCUCUUUACUUCUGACCACUAUGACACAGAUGUGUACAAUCCAGAGGCUCCCAGCAUCACCAACACUCCCAGGCCGAUCUACCGCCAUCGGGUCAAUGCCCAGAGGCCCAAUCUUAUUGGCCUUACAAUGGGGGAGGUUGACCGGCCUCAGAGAGCAGACAAGAUUCCAAACAACAGUAUGAGAAUUGUCAUGGAAUCUGAACCCAGGAAGAGACCAGUUGCUUCCCAUGACAGCGGUAUGCUCUCCAAGAAACCUUGGUUUGACAAACCCAGCUUCAUCAAACCAAACCACCAGGGCUACCACAAAAGAGCUCAGUUCUCUGCCAACACUAAGCUGCUUGUUUGGCAAAUUCCCCCCGAGCUCAACAACAUCAGCAAACUCAAUGAACAUUUCAGCAAGUUUGGGACCAUCGUCAACCUGCAGGUGGCCUACCAAAAUGACCCAGAAGGAGCACUGAUACAGUUUGCCUCUCCUGAGGAGGCCAAGCGGGCUAUGCAAAGUACAGAAGCAGUUCUCAACAACCGUUUCAUUAGGGUGAACUGGUUUCGUGAUGAUGGGAGUGACAUACAAGCUCCGUUUCGGUCGCAGCAGCCUCAGUCACAGCCAGCCAUGCUACCUGCAGCUACAUCUCCCAAGCAGUCUGUCAAGGAUCGUCUUGGACCCUUGGUCCCUGCAGACCCGGAGCCCUCCCAGGAUUCCUCUCAGAGUGCCUCUAAAGUGUCGGUAAAGGAUCGUUUAGGUUUCUCUGCCAAAACAGCAGCUCCUGUUGAAAAAGUGUUUUCAACAUCUCUAGGCCUCACAAAGACAGUAUACAAUCCUGCUGCUAUGAAGGCAGUCCAGAGGACUUCAGAAGAAGCCCUGAAGAAGAAACAGGAAGCCCUAAAACUACAGCAGGAUGUGAGGAAGAAGAAGCAGGAGAUUUUAGAGAAGCACAUUGAAACACAGAAGCUACUGAUUUCCAAACUUGAGAAGAACAAAGCAAUGAAAGCAGAAGAUAAAGCCAAGAUAAUGGAAACUUUAGGCACAUUAACUAAAAGCAUCACCAAACUACAAGAGGAGAUAAAGGGAAUCUCAAGCUGCAGCAACCCAUUACGCAAUGCCAAGAGCAAGGCGCAGUUGUCUUUCAAACAGGCACAGAAAGAACUGUUGGAUGCAGAGCUGGACCUGUAUCAAAAGACUCAAGCUGGAGAAGACACAGCUUUGUUAAAGAUCAAGUACACCCAGCUACAAAUUGAGGCAGCUAAAAGGGGAAUCCUGUCACCAGGACGAGGCCGGGGCGUCCAUGCACGGGGCCGUGGUGCUGUCAGGGCCCGGGGAAGGGGGACCAGGGGGCGAGGAAGAGGUGUGCCAGUGCAUGCAGUUGUGGACCACCGACCUAGGGCCCUGGAAAUUUCUGGUUUCACUGAUUCAGAUGGGGUGGACUUGCUGCCACACUUUGCUCAAUUUGGAGAGAUUGAAGAUUGCCAGAUGGAUGAAGGUAAUCUGUCUGCGGUCGUCACUUACAAGACACGAGCGGAGGCAGAGCAGGCAGCGCUGCAUGGAGUGAGAUUUAACAACCAGACUUUACGCUUGGCCUGGCAUAAACCUGCCACUACUCACAAUACUGCAGAUGCUGAUGAAGAAGAACCACAGGAGGAGGAGUACCCAGAUGAACCAUUGAGUGAUGAUGCGUUGUUGCAGGAUGACGAUGAAGAAGACGACGAUAACGAACCUCGUUCCUGGCGCAGAUGAAGCUCAGUCAGAUGCUUUCUUCUGACUGCACUGUUGUGGAUGACUAGCAACUUUAUAAGAGUUGAAUGCUUGUUUAUAAACAACUAGGCACAUUUCUCUUUGGCUAGAUUAAAUUUUUCCCCUAACACAUACAUAACUCGCAAAAGAACUGUGUGCAGUUUGAGUAAUUUUAAUAUGUAAACCAGAUGCAACAGUGCUGUUUUUUUUUUUUUUUUUUUUUUUUUUUUUAAUGCUCUUAAUGUAGAAUUUUUUUUUCCUUUUAUUUGUUCAUGAAAAUCCAAAUAGUUUAUCUGGACAUGUGUCAGCUGAUCACCCAGACCCAUCUUUUGAGCUCUCGGUUAAAAGAAAACCUGUGUUAUAACUUAACUGAAUAACAGAUGGUAGCUUUUGUAGAAUAUUGACAGGUUAAAAUGCUUGUGUGUGAAUAUUUUAUGUCUGGGUUUAAGUGAUUUGUAUAAAAGCUUGGCUUCUCAGUUCUUGGCUUUACUUUGGAUUGUAAAAAAAAAAAAUAAAGAAUUGAAAUGGUCUGAAAACAUCCUGCCAAAAAGAAAACAAAAAAAAGAAGACCGGAAAGAAAAGAUAUAAAAAAAAACAAAACAAAACAUUAUGGCAGUGGAAAAAAGAUCAGUCCUAAAAAGAGCUGAAAAAAGACCGUUUCAAAAGAAAAAAAAAAACAAAAAACAAAAAAACCUUCUUUUUCACCUUAAGAGCAAACUUCCUAAAAACAUUCCUUUUAUCACCAACCUUUUUCUUUGACUUUGGAUCGGUAAAGGUAUUGAAUAACUUUCAUGCCGAGGUAAGGACUUUCUGUAUAUAAUGGAAUGUUAUUUCCUCAUCCAUGGUCCAGCUGAAGUAUUUACAGUAUAUAUGAGCUAAUUGCAAAUACAACAACUAAUUCUUCUUUUGUUUUUUGCAGAGCCGUCUGCAGCCUCCAGCUCCAGUGCCGUUCACCAAGAAAUUUCUACCCUUUAAAAUGUAUAAAUGUAUUUGUGUGUCAUUCUAUUUGUCUUUUCCUAUUAUAUGGCAGUGUAAUGAAGAUUUUUAAAUUGUAAAGUCUGUUUGCCGUUUUUGAUAAAAGCAUUACCUUGGUAA